UGUAAAAAUUCGCUAUUGUUAUUAAAGUGUAAAACACUAAAAAAGUUAUAAAUGGAAAGAAAUUUUUUUGGUAAAUUAUUGGAAUGGAUGGAUUUUAAAAAUAAUAUAAUGCACAUUACAUGGAUUGUUUGUUGCUUUUUAUUCUUUUUGCAUCUAAUUUUAUAUGUAAUUAACAGUUUCAUUAAGAAAAGAUGUGAAACACAAGUAAUUGAUGUUCAUGAAAAUAAUGAAUUUAAUCAUAGACUUGCAGAAGCCAUAGAGAAAAAUAGGGUGACAGAAGUGUGUUGGGUGUUAAAUUCCCGCCCAGAGCUCAUAAAUGAACCCAUAGAUUGUAAAGGAUAUACCCCAUUUAUGCUGGCCUGCGCAAGAAACCGGGCCCAGCUGGUUAAAUGGAUGCUUUCCAAAGGCGCCGAUGUGCAUAAGAAAACCCCGAACAACGAUUCGGUAUUUUACCUGGCAGUGUUCUACUUUAUCGAUAACCGAUCGGAGGUGGAUUGCCCAUGCAUUCGGGAAUUAUACUACGCAGGCGCAGACAUAAACGCGCCGAAUUGCAAUGGUUACACCCCGUUGCAGUUGGCAGCCAUGUUCGGACACACCCCUCUGGUGAAGUGGUUGUUGAAUAAAAACGCCAACCUGACAGGUACUCCCCAUCCCUAUGCCAUCGCCGACAGUCAAGGACAUCGCGAUACAGCUAGUGCUAUUGCAGAUUGGGUACAAGAAAGACAAGCUAUCGCCAUGUAGCUUAUUAACAUCCCUGUUAAUUUUUGAUUGAUGAUAUUUAGAUUAAGCAAAAAUGAGUUACCAUAGUGUAAGUGUAUUAUUAAUAA